GCUGCCGCUCUCAGAUACAAGCGAGUGUUACAUUAACCCCGCAAAUCAUGCUCAGUCUUCUCACAGAAGUAGCUUACAUGCAGGACCAUCUGCAAGAUCACUUCCUUCAGCAGCAAAACAGGUCACGGCGUCUGAUGUAGUUGGGGCUCGUCUUCUCUUGCAUGACGCAGAGCACCAACAGUGGUGAGAUACGAAGCUUCAAGUUCAUAUUUAUGUCUAGCGGUUCAGUGAACAACCAUUUCGUGAAAGGCCAGAAGAGGGGAGGGUAGUGAGAGCAACAAUUCAUGAGAACAGGCACAGUCAUUUCAAGACUUUAGUUAACAGGAGGUGAAAUCGGAUACUGUUCCCCCCAAAAAUAAGCCAAAUGGCAUCCGUGAGCAAAUUUCCCCUGGUUUCAUACCAGCCGUUCAGAGUCUUCUUCCAGGUGCUUUACGCUUCUGCAAUUGUUCUACAACUUCCCUACUUCGCUGUAAGAGCGGCAGUUCCCGCUCUGCGGCCGCACCCGGAAUGGAGCGCAAAGCAGACGUUCAUGACUUGUCUCGUCUAUCGACUACUGGAUCUUACGUCCCGCGUCGGUAUUAAAGAGACCAUCAAUUUAGAGCCAAGGAAAGAAGGCCGAAGGUUUCAAAUCGUGAAGCCUGCCGAGCCUGAAUAUUACAGCGGAAUUCUUGCAUCCGGAGAUAUCAAACCCGAGACAAUCGGAGGAACAUGGUUCCCGGAUGUUCCUAAGGGCGACGCAGCAUCCACGACCAUAUUCCUCUACUUCCACGGAGGGGCCUUUAUUCAAGGUGAUGGCCGUAAUGCCACUUGUGGGCUUAUCGUUAAGAAGCUUCUCGAGAAAGGCGGCGCGGAUGCUGUGUUCUCUGUACAAUACCGGCUCUCCGGCCACGGCGGGCAAAACCCAUUUCCGGCCGCGUUGCAGGAUGCACUGUCCAGCUAUCUCUACCUUCUCAACAACUUACAUGUCCCAGGAAACCAAAUUGUUUUGGCUGGGGAUAGCGCCGGCGGUAAUCUUGCCAUGGCCUUGCUACUAUAUCUCCGCAACUUUGGUGCGGCGACCCACGUGCCAGCUCCUAAGUGUGCCGUGCUCCUCUCGCCGUGGGUGGCGCCCUUCCAUUACAAUAUGACCGAUAAUCCGCACAGACAUACGGACUUUGUCCCGACAACGUAUCCAUACUGGGGCGCGAACGCGUAUGCCGGCGGCUGGCCCAAUGCGCAGUCUGACCCGUACAUCACGCAGCUCGGAAACCCAUUCCGGACCGUGCCCAUCUUCGCGAACGCCGGGACGGCUGAGCUGUUCUAUGAGCGCAUUCUCAAGUGGGCCGAGGAGAUGAGCGGGAUUGAGGGGAACGUCAUCGAGGUCAAUCACGAGGACGCCGGCGUUCAUGAUACGUUUCUCAGUGCUGAGAUAUUGGGGUUUGAGAAAUCGGCCUGGGAAGUUGCAGCAAAGGUUGGAGAGUUCGUUCGCAAGUGUUAGAUGGGCGUAGUGGUAUAUAGUAGGUUUGUUUAGAGGAUCAAAGGCGCGGUGACACUAGGAUAUUUAAUACAUCAGAAACAUGUGUUGAUUAAUCGCCCCCUUGGAUCCAGGGUUUUCACAAAUUAUAUACAAUGAGGGUCUCCUUCUAAUGCUCUAACUCCUUCCUCGGAAAGCGUCCCAACAUGCCGUAUGAUUAUUAAUCAGAAACUGAUAUGGCCAGGAAUCGGUCCCUGAACGUUGAGGAGUGCAAUCGCGAAUUAGUUAUAGAUCUUGCCAUCAUACCUUGAGUUGAGGAGGUAUAUCUUGUUAAGAUAAUAACCAAUCAAUAG